AGUCACGUGAGACUCGGAUCCUGGGUGGGAGGGGGUUGGCGGAGGGUCCGGAGUGCAGUCAAGGAGGAAGAUGGCGGGGUGCAGGGGGUCCUUGUGCUGCUGCUGCCGAUGGUGCUGCUGCUGCGGCGAGCGCGAGACCCGAACCCCGGAGGAGCUGACCAUCCUUGGAGAAACACAAGAGGAAGAGGAUGAGAUCCUUCCGAGGAAAGACUAUGAGAGUUUGGAUUACGACCGCUGUAUCAACGACCCCUACCUGGAGGUUUUGGAGACCAUGGACAAUAAAAAAGGUCGCUGGUAUGAGGUGGUGAAGUGGACGGUGGUGUUUGCAAUUGGAGUUUGCACUGGUCUGGUGGGUCUCUUCGUGGACUUCUUCGUGCAGCUCUUCACCCAGCUCAAGUUUGGAGUGGUAGAAGCCUCCGUGGAGGAAUGCAGCCAGAAGGGCUGCCUCGCCCUGUCCCUGCUUGAACUCCUGGGUUUUAACUUGACCUUCGUCUUCCUGGCCAGCCUUCUCGUCCUGAUUGAGCCGGUGGCCGCAGGCUCGGGCAUCCCGGAGAUCAAGUGCUACCUGAAUGGCGUCAAGGUGCCAGGAAUUGUGCGGCUGCGGACCCUGCUGUGCAAAGUCUUCGGGGUGCUUUUCAGUGUGGCUGGAGGGCUGUUUGUGGGGAAGGAAGGCCCCAUGAUCCACAGUGGAGCCGUGGUAGGAGCCGGCCUCCCUCAGUUUCAGAGCAUCUCCUUACGGAAGAUCCAGUUUAACUUCCCCUACUUCCGAAGUGACAGAGACAAGCGAGACUUUGUAUCAGCAGGAGCCGCUGCAGGCAUCGCUGCUGCUUUUGGGGCCCCUAUUGGGGCGACCUUGUUCAGCCUGGAGGAGGGCUCAUCCUUCUGGAACCAGGGGCUCACAUGGAAAGUGCUCUUUUGUUCCAUGUCUGCCACCUUCACCCUCAACUUCUUCCGUUCUGGGAUUCAGUUUGGAAGCUGGGGUUCCUUCCAGCUCCCGGGACUGCUGAACUUCGGCGAGUUCAAGUGCUCUGACUCUGAUAAAAAAUGCCAUCUCUGGACAGCUAUGGAUAUGGGUUUCUUCGUCGUGAUGGGGGUCAUUGGGGGCCUCCUGGGAGCCACAUUCAACUGCCUGAACAAGAGGCUUGCAAAGUACCGGAUGCGCAACGUGCACCCGAAACCUAAGCUGGUCAGAGUCUUAGAGAGCCUCCUGGUGUCUCUGGUGACCACCUUGGUGGUAUUUGUGGCCUCGAUGGUGUUAGGAGAGUGCCGCCAGCUGUCGUCCUCCAGUCAGAUCAGUAAUGGCUCCUUGAAGCUCCAGGUCACAUCAGAUGUGAACUCGAGCAUCAAGGCGUUCUUCUGUCCCAACGACACCUACAAUGACAUGGCCACGCUCUUCUUCAACCCCCAGGAGUCUGCCAUCCUGCAGCUCUUCCACCAGGAUGGAACAUUCAGCCCCAUCACCUUGGCCUUGUUCUUCGUCCUCUAUUUCUUGCUGGCUUGCUGGACUUACGGCAUUUCCGUGCCGAGUGGCCUUUUUGUGCCUUCUCUGCUGUGUGGGGCUGCAUUCGGGCGUCUCGUUGCCAACGUCCUGAAAAGCUACAUUGGAUUGAGCCACAUCUACUCGGGCACCUUCUCCCUGAUCGGCGCCGCGGCUCUGCUGGGCGGGGUGGUCCGCAUGACCAUCAGUCUCACGGUCAUCCUGAUCGAGUCCACCAAUGAGAUCACGUACGGGCUGCCCAUCAUGAUCACACUGAUGGUCGCCAAAUGGACCGGAGAUUUUUUCAAUAAGGGCAUUUAUGAUAUCCACGUGGGCCUGCGAGGAGUGCCGCUUCUGGAAUGGGAGACGGAGGUGGAAAUGGACAAGCUGCGAGCCAGUGACAUCAUGGAGCCCAACCUGACCUACGUCUACCCGCACACCCGCAUCCAGUCCCUGGUCAGCAUCUUGCGCACCACGGUGCACCACGCCUUCCCGGUGGUCACGGAGAACCGAGGCAAUGAGAAGGAAUUCAUGAAGGGCAACCAGCUCAUCAGCAACAACAUCAAGUUUAAGAAGUCCAGCAUCCUCACCCGGGCCGGCGAGCAGCGCCGACGGAGCCAGUCCAUGAAGUCCUACCCAUCGAGCGAGCUGCGCAACGUGUGUGAUGAGCAUGUGGCCUCUGAGGAGCCGGCCGAGAAGGACGACCUCCUCCAGCAGAUGCUGGAGCGCAGAUACACUCCGUACCCCAACCUGUACCCUGACCAGUCCCCAAGCGAAGACUGGACCAUGGAGGAACGCUUCCGCCCUCUGACCUUCCACGGCCUCAUCCUCCGCUCGCAGCUCGUCACCCUGCUUGUGCGAGGCGUGUGCUACUCUGAAAGUCAGUCGAGUGCCAGCCAGCCGCGCCUCUCCUACGCCGAGAUGGCCGAGGAUUAUCCACGCUUCCCCGACAUCCAUGACCUGGACCUCACCCUGCUGAACCCACGCAUGAUAGUGGAUGUCACCCCGUACAUGAACCCGUCGCCCUUCACCGUCUCGCCUAACACCCACGUAUCCCAAGUCUUCAACCUGUUCAGGACGAUGGGCCUGCGCCACCUGCCGGUGGUGAAUGCCGUGGGAGAGAUCGUCGGGAUUGUCACACGGCACAACCUGACCUACGAGUUUCUACAGGCACGGCUGCGGCAGCACUACCAAACCCUCUGACGGCCCGGCCUCUCGGCAGGGUUGCCGGGGCAGGCAGUUCACACGCGUUCCGGCCAGGGCUGCCCCCGGACCACUGACGGUCCCUACUCACUCCCCCGCCCUCCCUCCUGAAGAGCCUGGAGCUGUCAGAUGCUUUGGUGGUUGGAGGUCCCGGAUGGAGAGGGCAUCAAGCCCUCAGAGUUUGGGCUUUUCCCCCUUCCUCAGCGAGUAGCCUGCUGCCUCCCUCCCGGCUCCCCGUGUCCUUCCUGGCCGUCCACUGUUGGCUCAGGCCCCCAGGUGGAAGUCAACCUGGUCCCCUCUGAGGGACCCUGAGCAGUGUUCCCACCCCAGCUAAUUUCCCAGGUGGUUAAGCUGCUGCCUUGCCACUUUGGGAAGUGUUGGACCAAGGCUAGCACUGGGGUACCAAGUUAUAAAAUGCAGUGAGUUUCCAAGUAUAAGAAUUGGGCUUUGAGAAAUGUCCCCAGAUUUCAGGAAGGCGUGCCUCGUUGGGACUCUUAGCAUGAGCAGCGGCUCCAGCCACGCCUCUGGACCCGCAGCACAGCCCCGUCCCACUGGGCACUCUGAGCAGUAAAUGGGGAUGGUGGUUCAGACAGACACCUGCCCUUCUUUGGAAUGCAUUGGCUCUGUCUCGCUCUGCCAGCGGCUCUCCGCCUCCCCAUAACGUGGCUGCUCUGAGCCAUCCCCGUCUCCUUCACACCCAGGAUUGACUCAAGUUUGCCAGGCUCCGUGUGGAGCAGUCCCAGCUCGCAGCAUCUCAGCAUUGCCUUCGGGUUACCUGGAAGGAGGCACUCCCCUAGGUACCUAGGUGAGAAUGUUCGUGAGCCCCUCAAGAUCCUUCCUGAGCUGGGGCCUGGGACAGGUGUGUGUUGGUCCUGAGCAGAGGCCUAGUCCUAGGGAGAUUGCCAAACCUCCUCCUCUCCCCAGAUGUCAGCCGUGCCCCACCCUCUGGGCAACUCAGAGGCGGACAAGGGGCUCCCUGCAGCUCAUGCCCAGGUUAAGCCUGAAGCUGAGGGGCCUGUCUCUGGGCAACUUCACUGGCCUGACUGGUUGGUCCCUGGUGUUUGCCCUCGCCCGUUGCAUGGUGAUCGGCCCGUGAAGCUUCCCUGGGGCCAGGCUGCUUUGGGGCCCAGGGUGUCAUACUCAUGCACCGAGAUUUAUCCAUCCAUGGCAGUCACCAGAGGGCUGGGGUGGGGCUGGCAGCUCUGCCCCCGGAUCUGUGGUGGGCUUGCUCACCGCCCGGUGCCAGCUGCUUCAGGAUCUGUUGCUGCCUGUACCCCCUCCGCUCUCCUUGUGUUCUGACCCUUGGACUAGAAUGGCUUCAAGUUCUGAGUUUCUCAAGUUCCCUGCAUGCACCUGCCUCGUGAAGUGGGAAUGACAGUUCAGCAAGUUGCAAGGACCAAAAAGGCAAACCUUGUUGCACACAACUGGAUGCCACCUGAUGGCGUGGUGGCCUGACCCCAAUAUUGCUAAUUUUUCCUUAGAGGACCAGUUGCCCAUGUCGGGAGAGUGACAGGAUACCUCUCACAGAAGCUCCACCCCCAUAAGCCUGCGUGGGCUUCUCAGAGGCCGAGGGAGGGCAGAUAUGGUUGGAAUUGAUCUGUCCCUCGCAAACAUUAUAUUGCGUUCAAGUCACCAGGAAUUCUGUUCCCAUCCAUUUAGUCUGGAAAUUGACAGUAGGGUGUGAAUGCCUCACUCUGAACUGACCUGGUGACCACCGAGGAGGACCUGAGGCCAGGCACGGGGGUCCUGUGCUCUCCCCAACCCGGUCCACAUAAACCCAAAGACGACAGUUCCUCCCCUUGUACCCUUGUAGCUGUAACCAUGGGACCUGAGCCUCACUCCCUGGGUUUCUGUCUUACCCACUACCAACCCUGCCGCCUCCCGACCAGUGGCAGCAGGAUAGAGCAGAACUCUGCAGAGUGGGGUGUGGUAGGUCCAGGCAGAGGUGAGUUCCCUCGGUUCAGCUCCAGUGUGGUUGUUUGCGUGGCUCCCCAGCCAAGGUGGGGAGUGGGGCCAAAGGCCUGGUCCCCAAACCCGACUGGCACCUCAACAUUCUAAGGAAUCAUUUGCUCGCAACCUGGUUCAGCUAACAGUUCCAAGAUGAAGUGGGCACUCGCUCGAUCCAGGCAGCCAAUACUCAGAGUGGCCUGCGGGACUGCAGUGCCCCUCAGCGUCCCAUGCAGUGUGACCUCCCCCACCCCAUGCCUGUGCACCUUGGUCUUGUCCGCAUCGCAGCUUCUGUUUUUCUGUUUGCACUGUUUGUUCAGGCAGUGAUGUUGCUCAGCCCACUGUGUAUAUAAGUCGUGAUUUCUUUGUUUAAUGUAAAGUCUUAUUUUUUAUUUGAACUCUUGGCACUUGGAAGUUCUUGUGACGACUGUACCACGUCAGAAUAAAAUGUCUGCCCCUGUC